AUGGCGUCCCCCAGACUGGAGACGUUCUGCUGUCCGAACCGGGACGCGGCCACAGACUUUGUGCUGACUUUCCAACCUAACCUCUUCGUAGCUUUAACUUUAGGAAGCGCCGCGUUCAGUGCCAUUUUAGCGAUCAUCCAACUUCUGCCCAAACGCAAAGGAUACAGGAGACUGGGGCAGAAUCCACUGCCGCGGCCCGCGUCCUCCUCCAGGAUCCUCUUCAUCAUCAGCGUGUGUGACUUACUGGGCUGCGCAGGUAUAAUAUUAAGAUCUACGGUUUGGCUCAGCGUCCCCAGUAUCAUCGAAGACAUCUCUGUGGCCAACAACACUGAAGUAUGGCCAGAGGUGUUCUGUGUGGGCAGCGCGAUGUGGAUCCAGUUGUUCUUUAGCGCCUCUUUUUGGUGGACUUUUUGUUAUGCUGUUGACGUGUUUCUGGUGGUGAAAACAUCCGCUGGGAUAAGCACUAUUAUCCUCUAUCACAUGAUCACGUGGGGUCUGGCAGCUCUGCUUUGUGUCGAAGGUGUAGCCAUGCUUUACUAUCCCUCCAUCUCAGAUUGUGAGCAGGGGUUGCAACAUGCGGUCCCUCACUACGUCACCACUUAUGCCCCGAUGUUACUGGUCCUGAUCGUGAACCCAGUGUUCUUCAGCCGGACCACAUCGGCCGUCACAUCGUUACUGAAAGGUCGCCAAGGAAUAUACACUGAGAAUGAGCGGCGGCUGGCCAAUGAAAUCAAAAUGCGCUUCUUUAAAAUAAUGCUGGUUUUCUUCAUAUGCUGGCUGCCCAACAUCAUCAACGAAAGCCUGCUCUUCUAUCUGGAGAUGCAGGCGGACAUCAACGACAGCUCCUUCAGGAACAUCAGGAAUGCAGCCCUCAUCACGUGGUUCAUCAUUGGCAUCUUAAAUCCUAUGCAUGCCUUCCUCAACACUCUGGCCUUCCAUGGCUGGACCGGGUGUCACGUCGACCUGAGCCUGCAGCGGAGGAGAGAGCUCACCUGGGACUCGGCGUCUACAUCAGUGCCACACACGGCCGGUCACAACCAUCUGAGUGGGAGCACGCUGCUGUACCAGAGCCACGUGCAGGACAUGAAGAGGAACCUGGUCAGUAACGGGCAGCAGCAGUCCGAUGCCAUCAGUGUGCUCUCACAAGGUUCAGACUCUAGUACAGUUGAAAUCCACAUUUCCAGUGAGCUCCGAGACUAUGAAGACAUAGAGGCUGAUGGAGAAUCCUUGGGUACCUCUGUAAGACUUUAG